AUGGACAGAAUGCGCCUCUUCCUUUUGGCCGUUCUAUUCUUGUUCUCGUUUGCCAGAGCCGGAUGUGACCCCAAAAUUGUGAAUAUUGGGGCGGUUCUGAGCACCAAAAAACAUGAACAGAUAUUUAGAGAGGCAGUGAACCAGGCCAACAAGAGACAUGGCACUUGGAAGAUCCAGCUCAACGCCACCUCAGUCACCCACAGACCCAACGCCAUCCAGAUGGCACUGUCUGUAUGUGAGGAUCUCAUCUCCAGCCAGGUCUAUGCAAUAUUGGUCAGUCACCCUCCGGCACCAACUGAUCACCUGACGCCAACACCAGUCUCAUACACGGCCGGAUUCUACCGGAUCCCGGUGAUCGGUCUGACAACCAGGAUGUCUAUCUAUUCUGAUAAGAGCAUACAUCUGUCUUUCCUGCGCACGGUUCCUCCAUACUCCCAUCAGGCGCUUGUAUGGUUUGAGAUGAUGCGUAUUUUCGGCUGGAACCACGUCAUCCUCAUAGUGAGCGAUGACCACGAAGGUCGGGCCGCCCAAAAGAAGCUGGAGACCCUGCUGGAAGAAAGGGAAUCCAAGAGUAAAAAAAGGAACUAUGAAAACCUCGAACAACUUUCCUAUGACAACAAGCGUGGACCCAAGGCAGAAAAAGUUCUUCACUUUGAACCUGGGACCAAAAAUGUGACGGCUCUUCUGACAGAAGCGAAAGGACUGGAAGCCAGAGUGAUCAUCCUCUCUGCUAGCGAGGAUGAUGCCAGCACGGUAUACAAAACAGCGGCGGUUCUGGAAAUGACCGGCCCCGGCUAUGUCUGGUUGGUGGGAGAACGGGAGAUCUCAGGAAGUGCCUUGCGAUAUGCUCCAGACGGAGUCAUAGGUCUCCAGCUAAUUAACGGGAAAAACGAGUCUGCGCAUAUCAGUGACGCAGUCGCGGUCGCGGCUCAGGCGAUUCAUGAACUUUUUGAGAAGGAAAAUAUUACUGACCCUCCAAGAGGUUGUGUUGGGAAUACCAACAUAUGGAAAACAGGGCCGCUCUUUAAGAGGGUGCUCAUGUCUUCCAAGUAUCCUGAGGGAGUAACAGGACGAGUGGAGUUUAAUGAGGACGGAGACAGGAAAUUUGCUAAUUAUAGCAUCAUGAAUCUGCAAAAUCGGAAACUCGUUCAAGUCGGCAUCUUCAACGGGAGUCACAUUUUACAAAAUGAAAGAAAAAUCAUUUGGCCGGGUGGUGAAACGGAGAAACCGCAAGGUUACAAAAUGUCAACCAAUUUAAAGAUAGUCACCAUUCAUCAGGAACCCUUUGUGUAUGUGAAAUCAGCUCUGCCGGACGGCUCCUGCAGGGAGGAAUAUGCCAUAACCGGGGACCUCAUAAAAAAGGUCCCAUGUUCAGGACCCAAUGAUACCAUUCCAGGUAGAGGUCGCCCCACCGUACCCCAGUGCUGUUACGGUUUCUGCAUCGACUUAUUGCUGAAACUUGCCAAAGAGAUGAAUUUCAAUUACGAGUUUCACCUAGUGGCUGAUGGGAAGUUUGGCACCCAGGAGCGGGUUAAUAACAGUAAUAAGAAAGAAUGGAACGGGAUGAUGGGCGAGCUACUGAGCGGACAAGCCGACAUGAUCGUCGCCCCGCUGACCAUCAACAACGAGCGCGCUCAGUACAUCGAAUUCUCCAAGCCCUUCAAGUACCAGGGGCUGACCAUCCUUGUGAAAAAGGAAAUCCCCAGGAGUACACUGGAUUCAUUUAUGCAGCCUUUCCAGAGUACUCUAUGGCUCUUGGUCGGACUCUCUGUACAUGUGGUGGCCGUUAUGUUGUAUCUACUGGAUCGGUUCAGUCCUUUUGGCCGUUUUAAAGUGAACACUGAGGAGGAAGAGGAGGAUGCCCUCACACUGUCUUCUGCUAUGUGGUUCUCCUGGGGUGUCCUGCUGAACUCUGGAAUUGGAGAAGGGGCACCAAGAAGCUUCUCGGCUCGGAUCCUGGGCAUGGUGUGGGCUGGAUUUGCUAUGAUCAUUGUAGCCUCCUACACUGCUAACCUGGCUGCCUUCCUGGUGCUGGACAGACCUGAGGAAAGGAUAACAGGGAUAAAUGACCCCCGGCUUCGGAACCCCAGUGACAAGUUCAUCUAUGCCACGGUCAAGCAGAGCUCUGUGGACAUUUACUUCAGGAGGCAGGUGGAGCUGAGCACAAUGUAUCGGCACAUGGAGAAACAUAACUACGAGAGUGCGGCCGAAGCCAUACAGGCCGUGCGGGAUAAUAAGCUCCAUGCUUUCAUCUGGGAUUCCGCCGUGCUGGAAUUUGAGGCUUCUCAGAAGUGCGAUCUCGUCACUACCGGAGAACUGUUCUUCCGUUCUGGUUUUGGUAUCGGCAUGAGGAAGGACAGUCCUUGGAAGCAGAACGUGUCCCUCAAUAUUCUCAAAUCACAUGAGAAUGGAUUUAUGGAAGAUCUUGAUAAGACAUGGGUCAGGUAUCAGGAAUGUGACUCUCGCAGCAAUGCCCCAGCUACACUCACCUUUGAGAACAUGGCAGGUGUCUUCAUGCUUGUUGCUGGCGGUAUUGUUGCCGGGAUCUUCCUGAUAUUUAUUGAGAUUGCCUACAAACGACACAAGGAUGCUCGGAGGAAGCAGAUGCAGCUCGCUUUUGCCGCCGUUAACGUUUGGCGAAAAAACCUGCAGGAUAGAAAAAGUGGUAGAGCAGAACCUGACCCUAAAAAGAAAGCCUCUUUUAGGUCCAUCACCUCAACCCUGGCCUCCAGCUUCAAGAGACGUAGGUCCUGCAAAGACACGCAAUACCAUCCAACUGACAUCACGGGUCAGCUAAAUCUGUCCGAUCCCUCUGUUAGCACUGUGGUGUAG